UUUUACCCCAUUUUCUGUGCUGUUCUUGAUCGGAUUCUUGGUGUUUUCUCAGACUCCGAUGUUGUUCCCGCUUUCAAUUUCGUGUAUGUUGUGUGUCUUGAAGGGUUUGGCGAGUUUUGUGGAGAAAUGGGUUACAGUUGGGGUCUGAUACAUUUGGUCUUUGAGAUUUGUGAUGAUGGUUAUAGUUUGAUGAAGGGCGGUUUUCGAUUAUUUGAAUUCGUGAGUUUGUGGGGUUAAUUUGUUGGUUUUGUGCUAGAUUACGGUUUUUCCAGCAGUCUCGGGUAACAAGUUGGUCGUUUCUUAAGCGGAUAGAUUCAUGACUAUGGAGCUUUUCGAAAUUCAUCCGGGCGAACUUAAAUUCACUUUUGAGUUGAAGAAGCAAAGUUCAUGCUUGAUACAACUUAUCAAUAAGUCUGAGCAACAUAUUGCUUUCAAGGUGAAAACUACAUCUCCCAAGAGGUACUGUGUUCGACCUAAUACCGGCAUCAUUAAGCCCAAGGAUAUGUGUGACUUCACAGUCACCAUGCUAGCUCAGCGUACAGCUCCAACUGAUAUGCAAUGCAAAGACAAGUUCCUGGUCCAAGGCACGGUCAUCUCCCCUGGAACACCUGAAGAGGACAUCACAUCUGACAUGUUUGCAAGAGAUAAAGGCAAGCACAUUGAAGAGAAGAAGCUGAAGGUUUUUCUUGUAAGCCCGACACCACCCCCUGUCUUGCUACCAAUUAAUGGAGAGUUGAAACUAAAUUCAAAUUAUGAAAAUUCCAUGCCAAGAGAUGGAAUGCAGACAGGAGUUGAGAACAUACCUCCAUCUCAUAAGGUUGCUAAGGAUUCCAAUGGACUUGAUACCCUUGAACACAUAGAUGAACUUAGAUCAGUUGAUACCCCAGUAGUGUUAUCUCCACCUUAUAAGGUAGCCGAGGGAGUUGAGAAAAUUGAUACUAGUAAAGAUUCAGAUGAGAAUAGAGCAGCUGAGGAUGCUGCAACGAUACGAAAUGAGGAUAUGGUGGCCGAACCAAUUGACAAUAUUGAAACUACGCCAGCUGAGGAAAUUAAGGAAUCAAAACCGGCGAAUGAUCUGCCGAAGUUAUACUUAACUAAAGACUUUGAAGAGCUGAAAUCAAAGCUAACGCUCAUGGAUGCGGAGCUAGUUGAGGCUGAAGCUACCAUAAUGAGGCUGAAACAGGAGCGAAUGGUAACGACUCGAGAAAGGGAAAUGCUCAAGCGCGACUUAGAGACAUGGAGAAGAACUGGGCAAAGGAGUAUCAAAGUGGGCUUCCCCUUAAUAUAUGUUGUGAUGGCUGCUUCUAUCAGUCUUCUUAUUGGAUAUUUCAUUCAUCCCUAGCAGAAGCACAACAAAUCAAUUUGUCUUUGUUGUAUAUUGACUUGAUGUGUGUUCUUGCAGUCCAAUUAUUUUCAUUGUAAAGCGUUUUUUCUCUCGAUUAUUUUAUCGAAUAUCAGCGGGAGGA